AGACAUGUUACGAAAUCAACAUACAACCUGUAAAUAUAUUUCCAAAACAAUAAACCAUCAACGGCGAUGUUUACAACUACAGACUGGAGCACUGCAGAGCAAAAGUACCAGCAAUGUAUUCAAGCAGGGGAAAAUAAUGUCCAAACUGUUUGGUAAUCGUGUGCAGGGCAGCAAGAAACGAUGGAUUCCUAUUGCGGAUAAUACGGGUGCCACAAAUGUGGUUUUUAAACAAUCCCCAUUUGGGGGAAAGAAAACAAAUACGGGCAAUGGAAAAAACGAUUCCCGCCGCAUGACAGUUUUAAAUAAACUGUUUAUGAAACACAUUACCGAUCUCUUGGCCACCGGGGAGAUUUCGGAGAAAAUCUUAGGAAAAGGUUUGCAAGUAUCACGGGUGAAAAUAUCCCAGGACUUUGCAUAUGUCAAUGUUUAUUGGAUAACAACGGGUGAUGUGGCAAAGGACACUCUACUGGAACAAGAACUUCAACGUUGUGCUGGGCUGCUAAGGCAUGAAUUAUCACAGCUGGACCUAAUGGGUGUUGUACCACGCAUUAAAUUUGUUAAAGAUAAAAUUAUGUCAAAUAUUGUGCAAGUCGAAUCUUUAUUGAGAAAUAUGGAUUUCGGGCCAGAGGAUGAGGAGCAGCCUGAGGAGUUGGAAGAUUAUCUGAAAAAUGCCACAGAUGUUGUUAAAAAUGAAUUUUAUGGUAAUAAAGUCUUGGCAAGCAAUACACCGAAAAUCAUUGAAAAGCAAGAGGCGGAGUCGAGCGAAAACCCCCCGCCAGCCACCUCAUUAAGUGCAAAACUACCAGAAAUGCGUCAUGAUGUUUUGGGUUUGGAUCAUAAAGGUAUUAUGUUGAAAAUACUUACAAAAAUGCGUAAGUCCAAACAGGCCUGGGAACAACAUCAAGCGGCCAGUAGUAGUAAUAGUAGUAUUCCUGCAAGUGAGGUAGACGUAGUCACCACAUCAUCACUGCCAACUGAAAGCCAACUUACCAGAAUACAAAAUAAACUAGCCAAAGCAGCCGAAAGUGCUGAAAAAUUCGAAGCAUUUCUGGCCAAAAGACGAGAGCGAAAAAAUACUCCAGAACGGAAAAAAUAUCGCAUUUCGGAUCAUAUGCUAGAUGCUAAUGCUGAGGAUUACAAGGAAUAUGAGUUUAUGUCCAAUCGCCAACGGCAACUAUACGAAGCUGAAGAUUAUCUAUAUGAAGAUGUUGAAGAUAAGAAAAAAUAG